UCAAACCCUAAACCUUAAACCUCUCUCUUUCCCUGCUGAGUCUCUCUUCCACGGUAUACAAAGAGACGCGGCCAUAACCACAUAAGGUUGGAACUUAGCAUAAUCAGAAAAUGCAGUCCAACGAAGUUUCCACUUCCAUGGAUGUUGAAGGAGUUCCACCUGAGACAAGUUCUAAAUCUGGAUCUUUGCUGCCAAAGCCACUGUUUGAGCCUUUGACGGCUCAUGAGAUGUCUGAUGGCCGAGUUCAGUUUCGAAAGGUCAAUGUUCCACCGCAUCGGUAUUCACCUCUCAAGAAAGCUUGGAUGGAAAUCUACACUCCAAUAUAUGACCAGAUGAAGAUUGACGUCCGAAUGAAUCUCAAGGCUCGUAGGGUUGAAUUAAAGACCAGAUCUGACACGCCCGACGUUAGCAACCUACAGAAGUGUGCAGAUUUUGUCCAUGCAUUCAUGCUAGGUUUUGAUGUCAUAGAUGCCAUUGCCCUUUUGCGUUUGGAUGAGCUCUAUGUAGAAUCUUUCGAGGUUAAGGAUGUUAAAACGCUUCGAGGAGAGCACUUGUCUCGUGCCGUAGGAAGACUGUCCGGUAAGGGUGGUAAAACGAAGUUUACAAUUGAAAAUGCUACAAAGACAAGGAUCGUGAUUGCUGACACCAAGAUUCACAUAUUAGGGUCCUAUAGGAACAUUAGAGUCGCAAGGGAUUCUCUUUGCAGCCUUAUUUUAGGGUCCCCUGCCGGGAAAGUAUACUCAAAACUAAGAUCAGUUUCUGCUAGACUGGCAGAAGAUUUUUGAAAAUGUUUGAUCCUUCAUAUUUGUGAUUCUGUGGAACGCUCUCCUGAGUUAUGGAUUUUCGGUACUUCAUUAUAGUAUGCUGCGCAUGAUUGUAAUUUGGUAUCAAUUUUUUAUGAUAUGAUGUUUUGUGUCGA